UAUGACAUAAUUAGUAACCAUAAUCUCAAUAUGCCUAGCGUGCAAUGAGGUCGGACUUUUAUGGAUAAUGACAAGGCGAGAGCUGGAAGAUUGUCCUCGGACGCCUUGAGGUCAUUCUCGGCCAUUGCAGGAUUGUCCGAGACCAACAAUGGUGCUAGAGGAGAGGAACAACGCCAAAGAAGCAAUGUUUUUGAACCCGGCCCGGCCCGGCCGGUUGAACCAGUUGAACUGGACCCGGGCCUGAAAACGGGCCGGUUGAAGGCUUCAGCCCGUUUAGGAGGAACCAACAGAACUGCAGAAGGGUUUUCCGUCGAUCUUCUCUUCGCCGAUCGUCCGUCGAUUUCUCUUCCACCGAUCCAUCAGCCCCACAGUGGACGGCAAUCUCGCGGCCAGUGCGAUCUCGCGGCUAGUCUCGUGCCAGACUGCAAGAAGCUUGGAAAAGAGAGCAGCAAGGCCAGGCAUGCGGCGGUGGUCGCUACAGAGCUUGAGGAAGACGAAGAUGAAGACGCAACAAAAGAGACCGAUUGUGGAGAUGUUGAGAAGGUACUGGAUGUUGCCAUACCAGGCGCCGUCCAUUUCGGCGUCACCGUCGAAGGCAGGGGAAGGAGGAGGAGAGGGAGUUUGGUUCACUGGGGCGGGGGAUUUGGAGAUUAGGGUUUGGGUGAUUGGGUUUUGGGAUUUUGAUUCAUGAAGGAGAAACUAACCUACACAGUAAAAUUCAAUAA